CCGCCGCCGCCGCCGCCAGCCCGACCAUGCCUCCCCCCGCCGCGCUGUUGCUGCUGCUGUUGCCGGUGCUGCUGCCGCCGCCGCCGCCGUUCGCCCGCGCCGCCGAGAGCGAAACCGAAAGUGGUGCCCGGGGGCUACGGCUGGAGACGCUCGUGCCCCCCCCCGAGGGCUGCACGGAGCUGUCGGCGCCGGGGGACACGGUGCACAUUCACUACACGGGCAGCCUGGAAGAUGGCCGGAUCAUCGACACCUCGCUGAGCCGGGACCCGCUCCAGGUGGAGCUGGGCAAGCGCCAAGUCAUCCCUGGCCUGGAGCAGAGUUUGCUGGACAUGUGUGUGGGGGAGAAGCGGAGAGCUAUCAUCCCCCCUCACCUGGCCUACGGCAAGCGGGGCUCCCCUCCCACCAUCCCAGGCGAUGCGGUGCUGCGGUUCGAGGUGGAGCUGGUCGGUUUGUCCCGGGCCAGUUACUGGCAGAAGGUGGUGAACGAGGUGCUGCCGCUGCUGUGCCUGGGGCUCGUGCCGGCGCUGCUGGGGCUCAUCGGGUACCACCUCUACCGCAAGGCCAGCAGCCCCAAGCUCUCCAAAAAGAAGCUGAAGGAGGAGAAGAGGAACAAAGCCAAAAAGAAAUAAAGCCUUUCCCUCGGCAAA